AUGGCUCAUAGAAAAUUACAACAGGAGGUCGAUAGGGUCUUUAAAAAGAUCAAUGAGGGUUUAGAAAUCUUCAAUAGCUAUUAUGAAAGGCAUGAAUCAUGUACGAACAAUCCUUCUCAAAAGGACAAGUUAGAGUCCGAUUUGAAAAGAGAGGUCAAGAAACUACAAAGGCUGAGGGAACAGAUUAAAUCGUGGCAAAGCUCACCCGAUAUUAAGGAUAAAGAUUCUCUUCUGGAUUAUAGAAGAUCCGUAGAGAUAGCGAUGGAGAAGUAUAAGGCCGUGGAAAAGGCGUCCAAAGAGAAAGCAUAUUCUAACAUUAGCCUGAAAAAGUCAGAGACUUUAGAUCCGCAAGAAAGGGAGAGAAGAGAUAUGUCUGAGUACCUAUCCCAGAUGAUUGAUGAAUUAGAAAGGCAAUAUGAUUCCCUACAGGUAGAAAUUGACAAGCUAUUACUUUUGAAUAAAAAGAAGAAGACGUCGUCUACAUCAAAUGAUGAGAAAAAGGAACAAUUCAAGCAUUUUCAAGGGAGGUAUAGGUGGCACCAGCAACAAAUGGAACUGGGAUUAAGAUUGCUAGCCAAUGAAGAAUUGGACCCCCAGGAUGUUAAAAAUGUGCAGGAUGAUAUAAACUAUUUUGUGGAGUCGAAUCAGGAUGCGGAUUUUGUAGAGGACGAGACUAUUUACGAUGGUUUGAAUUUGCAAAGCAAUGAAGCAAUUGCUCAUGAAGUGGCCCAAUAUUUUGCCUCACAAAAUGCAGAGGAUAAUGACACAUCCGAUGCUAAUGAAUCCCUGCAGGAUAUAUCAAAACUUUCCAGAAAGGAACAACGAAAAUUGGAGAGGGAAGCUAAAAAAGCCGCUAAACUGUUGGCAAAAAACGCAACAGGCUCCAACAUAAGUGCACCUGGUCCUUCGAACACGCCAUCGCCUGUCACACCCUUUGCAGAUAUUUCUAAGGAAACAGAAAGGAGUCCUUCAGCCUCUCCUAUUCAUAAUAUGGUAAAACCUGAAGGGCCUACCAAAGCAUCUUCUAUAAAGAGCCCCAAGCCUAGUACCGACAACCUACUUCCGUCACUGCAAAAAUCGCCAAGUUCAGCUACACCCGAAACUCCAACAAGUGUACAUACUCAUAUUCAUCAAACACCGAAUGGUAUUACUGGCGCCACUACUUUGAAACCUGCCACUCUCCCAGCGAAGCCUACUGGUGAAUUAAAAUGGGCGGUUGCUGCAUCACAGGCAAUAGAAAAAGAUAGAAAGGUCACCUCUGCAUCGUCCACCAUUUCCAAUACCUCGACGAAGACUCCGACAACUGCUGCACCCACCACAACAUCGUCGAGUGCAAACAGCAGAAUUGGUAGUGCCUCGAACACACCCAAAAUAUCAACUUCCUCGUUGUCUCUGCAGCCUGACAAUAGUGGCGCGUUAUGUUCAUCAGCAGCAACCGCAGCAGCUGUCUUGGCAGCAGGUGCAGCAGCUGUGCAUCAAAACAAUCAAGCCUUUUAUAGAAAUAUGAAUUCCUCUCAUCAUCCUUUGAUUUCUUUGGCUGCAAACUUAAAAUCAGAGCGUGAAGUCACCGCCCCAGAAGCACCGGUAAUCGAAAAUGCGAGUAAACAAGUUAUGGAACAAAAAGAGGAAGAACUAUCAACAGAAGGUGAUCAACUCCAAGUACCGACAUUUGGAGUAUUUGACGACGACUUCGAAUCGGAUAGGGAUUCAGAAACAGAAACAGAGGAUGAAGAACAACCAAGUACGCCAAAAAUUUUGAGUUCUGAACAAAGAGAGGCCAGAACAAGUGAAAUUAAAAAAGAAUUUGUAAGUGAUUUUGAAACCUUACUGCUACCAAGCGGUGUACAAGAAUUCAUAAUGAGCUCUGAACUCUAUAAUAGUCAAAUUGAAUCCAAAAUAACAUACAAAAGGUCUCGUGAUAUGUGCGAAAUUUCGAGGCUUGUGGAAGUACCGCAAGGCGUUAAUCCACCAUCUCCCCUGGAUGCCUUUAGAUCCACCCAGCAGUGGGAUGUGAUGCGCUGUUCAUUGCGUGAUGUUAUAAUAGAUUCUGAAAGGCGAAAUGAAGAUUCAUCAUCCGUCUAUGCCAAAAUCAUUAAAAAUUUUAGAACUUUAGAGAUGUUUUCAUUAUUCUAUAACUACUAUUUUGCUAUCACUCCUUUGGAAAGAGAAAUUGCAUUUAAGAUAUUGAAUGAGAGAGAUUGGAAAGUUUCAAAAGAUGGUACAAUGUGGUUCUUGAGGCAAGGUGAAAUCAAGUUUCUGAAUGAAAUUUGUGAGGUUGGUGAUUAUAAAAUUUUCAAAUUGGAUGACUGGACGGUAAUCGAUAAAAUUAACUUCAGGUUGGAUUAUUCAUUUUUGCAAUCAUCCGUUGAUGCAGUUUCUGAACCCCGUGGCAUGAACGUUGACAAUAAUGCUGACAAUAAUGAUGUUAACGAUCAAAGUAAUGUAAAUUUAGAACAACAAAGACAACAAAUUUCUCAUGGUAAGCAACUUCUGAAACAACUGAGACAAGGCAAAAUCAAUGUAUGA